AUGGCAUCUCCAAUUUGUUGCCUAUCAAUGUUGGUAAUCCCUCUACUAGUCACCUCUCUUUUCUACCAUGUUUCUAAUGCUGAUCAAGCCCUUCUUGAAAAUGUUUGCAAGAGCACCGAUGACUAUAAUUAUUGCUUGUCAGCUUUACGUUCAAACGGACAGAGUACUGCAGCUACUCCAUAUCAGCUGGGAAUCAUUUCUAAUGAUGUGACCUUGACUGUAUUACAAGAGACAGGUCGGGCAAUCGCAGAUCUUCUUCUGAAAUUGACAGACCCAGUUGAUCUCAGGCGAAUUUCGCAUUGCCAAACAAAUGUGAAAACUGCAUUCCAGAAAUGGCAAAAUGCAAAACGCUUUGCAACUCAAAAAUCUUAUACGGAAGAGUACAAUGCAAUUGCGGAGGGAAUAGCGCAGAUUGUUGAAUGUAAGUUUCAAUAUGAUGACCCCCCAAAAAAGGUAUCACCAAUAUCAAGUUUGACUCACAAUCUAGAGACGCUAACCGAUACUUCUUAUGCUAUAAUUAGACUACUUGUAUGA